CUUCUUUGUUUUUAUUUUUUUCUUUCUUUUCGCGGUAAUCCCCUAGCAACGCCUCCUCCUGAUUUCAUCACGUUUUUCCUUUUUUAAAGUUGGCAUGACUCUUUCGAUUCACCCGCUAGCCCAGGAAGAACAACCGCCUAUGUCUUUCUCUACUAAUCCUCAUCCAUAUAUGACAUCCUCCAUUCCCUCAUCUCCACAUACGACUAAUAUUGAAUCUCAAUCACCAACUUCUCCUUCCUUUUAUGCUGCUCAAUCGCCCGAGUCUCCCCAGCCUCGACCAGCUUAUCAUCAGCAACGAGCUUAUUCCGUUACCGCUAUGCCGAGCGAUUUACAAAAAACUGUACAACAAUAUCAGCAACGCAAGCUGGAAGAGCAGCAUUUGCUACAACAGGAAUCGGUCAAGCAGCCGUGGUGGCAGUACUACUACCAGCUAUACCACUAUCACUUACCGCCGGGACGAAAACCGACGGUGUUUGGUCCAUAUCUUUUGUUACACACAUUAGGUGAAGGCGAAUUCGGAAAAGUGAAGCUCGCCGUUCAUAUAGAAACCGGUCAUGAGGUGGCGAUCAAGUUGAUGAAAAAGGAUCAUAUCGAUUCUUCGGUACGAAUGACCAAAGUGGAGAAGGAAAUCUCGGUCUUGAAGACGGUGUGCCAUCCUUAUAUCGUCAAACUCUAUGAUGUGAUUGAAACCGAGAAAUAUAUUGGCAUUAUUUUGCAAUGUGCCUCUGGUGGCGAAUUAUUCGAAUACAUCUUGGCGCAUAAAUAUCUGAAAGAGAAGGACGCCUGUCGGUUCUUUGCACAAUUAAUAAGCGGCGUUUAUUAUAUGCAUCAAAAGCAUAUAGUUCAUCGAGAUUUGAAAUUGGAAAACCUGCUAUUGGACAGACACAGAAACAUUAUCAUCACAGACUUUGGUUUCGCUAAUCAGUUUUCCUCGGCCAAGGACGAUCUUAUGUCGACUUCCUGUGGAUCACCAUGUUAUGCUGCUCCGGAAUUAGUGAUCAGCGAAGGAUUAUACGUAGGAUCGGCCGUUGAUAUAUGGUCAUGUGGCGUGAUCCUCUAUGCCAUGCUUUGUGGCUACUUACCCUUUGAUGAUGAUCCUGCCAAUCCAGAGAGUGUCAAUAUCAACUUGUUGUACAAAUAUAUUCUCAAUACACCGCUCACUUUUCCCGACCAUAUUAGCGACGAAGCGCGGGAUUUGCUGAGCAGGAUGUUAGUGCCUGACCCAAUCAAGCGAUGCUCGGUCCAAACCAUCAUGGACCACCCCUGGCUUCGCCCCCACCGUUCGCUAUUCGCCAAAUCGGUCCAUGAACUCGAGAUGGAAGCCAUGCGUUCGUCCGAUAUACCUCUUCAUACCAUGCUGUCCAGACGACGUCAACAGCAAUUGCAACAUCAGCCAUCUUUGUCGUCCAACCCACCUCACCAUGCCAAAAAAGCAAUAUCCACCGGUACAGGAAAUCAAGUAUUAUAUACCCAGCCCGACGCCUCACAAAGCCGUACCAUCAAAGAAGACCAUUCAUGCACAAAGGAAAAUUCAGCCGAUAUCUCAGACGAUACCGUGUCCGUCAAAGAAAACAACAAAGAUCGACGAGAGCCGGACGGUAAAACGGUCGAUGCAGUUCACGAAGAUUCAAUACAGAAAGAGGAUCCCACUAAUUUGCAGAGAGAGGAUGAAGGCGUUGCUCAUCCUGAAACUUCGCCGGGUAAUGACCUGGAAAACAUUGGAACGUCUGCCGAUCCCGAGCAACCAUCCAGUACAAAGACGACACAGGACGCCUCUAGUCCUAGCCCCAAACCCGCGUUCGCAUCAUCGCCAUCUGAUGUCCAAAAUGUAUCUUCUUCGAGUCCGGCGUCCGUCUCUGAAAACGUAGACAAAGACACAAAUUCCCAGGAAACGGUGAAACGUAAAUCAAUAAUAGAUGCGCCGAAAGAAGAUGUAAUGGUCACCACUACCAGCGAUACGGUUACACCUCAGCCCACGCCAUCAGAGAGCAAACGCGGGCCAUCCACAGAUAGGAUUCUGAAUUUCCUUUCUGGUAGUAUGAGCACGCCUCGACAAGUAGCAUCGCGUAACGCAAAAUCCGGUGCCGCAACUGCGCACAAAGAAGGCAAGGCAUCCACCACCGAUGCCUCUGCACCGACGUCAGGCUCUAUUUUACAAGCCAAGUUUUUCUCGAGCAUGCAGCGCCGUCGCGAACAUGGAUCGCCCAGCAACAUUUCGCCUGCGGGCCAUCAGAGUAGUAUGAGUACCCACGUCGUGUCGCCGUUACCAACUAAAAUACCCACAUCAGCAAGAUUUCCUCCGGUAUCUGGACCUUCAGAAGGUAUGCCCCAUCCUGUACGUGGUACACGCAGAAAGGCAUUGAGUUUGUUAGUCAAUUCGGUGACGGAUCACCUCGGCCAAGACGAUAAACGUCACUCGAUGCGAAAGCCGCCAACCAGUGCCGCCAGAAAAUCGACCCACGAAAGCACCAGCGGCGUCAAGGUCAUUGUUACCGAAACACCGCCAUUGACUCCGAAAACGCCGGUGGAAAUGAUGCCAUCUGUAUCAGAACAUACAUUGACUUCCACAACCGAUAAAGAUAAGCAUCGAAGCGCCGGUAAAAAGCUCAUCGACUGGUUCAAGAAGAAACCAAUGAGCACACGCGAUCGAUCGCUGAAUCGAGCAACCCAAGGGGACUUUUUGAGUACGGAUCAUGUACCUGGGACAUUGCAUACGCCCCAGCGGGUCACUCCUUUAGGGAAACCGCUCGGAUCUUAUGCUGUGGAUUUCAACGAUUCUAAAUUGCGAAUGCAUCGUGGUGCGGUAGAUCAAGACGCCCUUACUUCGCGACCUCCCCAAGAGAUAUUUAAUGAACUCAGACAUAUGCUGCAGACAAUGGGCAUUGAUGUGAAGCGAAACGGCGAAUACAGACUGAAAUGUACGCGACGAGAACGGAUGGCAUCCGUGACCGACGAAAGCAAAAAGCGAAAAUCGAGUUCUGACAUGUCAUUCCGCAACUUUUUACGGCGUACUAGCGCGGGUCCGGCGACGUUACCUGCUAUUGACAACGCCAAGCAGCCUAUGUAUGGUGAUCCGGUGGUGGAUCCUGGAGACGAAGUGCGGUUUACAAUUGAACUGUGCAAAAUUAAGAACCUACCUGGACUCUAUAGUGUCGACAUUCGACGUCUGCACGGUAAUGCCUGGGCUUACAAAUUCCUAUACCACGCUGUGCUCGAUACCUUGAAUUUAAGCGGCAAAGGCGGCUACAUGUCCACCCAUGUCCCACCACCGUCCAAUAAUGGCUUGAGCGCCAAUAUGCAGAAUGGUCGCCAAGCCGACAAAGAAUCACCCUCUUCCAGCAACCGCAUCAGUGUCGUCAGUAGUGCUGGAAGCAGCAAUUUACUAGAGGAUGUGAAAGAGGAAGCUGCCGAGAAUGCAUAAUCCAUUUUAAAAAGCAAUAUCUUAAUGUUGUUGAAUCAGAGAUUACACUAUUAUACAAACGUACAACUCUAUAAAAACGCCAUUGUACUUGACACCCAUUCUCUUUCCCCGUGGAGAGCAAAAAUCAAAAAGUCCCCAACAAUAAAUGAAAAGCGAGAACGGCAUCCAAUCAUAUGAAAAAAAAUCACAGCAACAAAGAAU